AACCAUCUUGUUUUUGUAUUUUUCUGUACUCGAGUGAAAAUGUGUGCGUGCUAGCGAUUUAUUAAUUGAGCCGCAACUCGGGUGUCCCGUUAAACGGACUAAUACAAAUUUUAUCUAUUAAAUAAUAACAAAUCGUAUAGAGUAUAGUGCAAUAUUUUAUUAGGGCCGUAUGUGGAGUGCAAUAGAAAGCGAGACGGCGACAAAAAAGACUCACACUGACGCACACUAACACACGGGCGCGCGCGCUAGUGCGUCUGUGUGUGUGCGUGUGUAGUGGCUUUGUGUGUAUAAGUGUAUAGAGCGAAGAGGAAGCACCAAGAACUCAAGUGAAAAACUCAAAACAAACUCAAAUGUCGUCCCAGGGCGAAGGGGGUGGGCCAGGAAAUGGCGUCGGUGGAGGGGGUGGUGCUGGGUCGGAUGGAGGCGGAAAUGCAGGACAAAGUUCCACUGGAAGUGCCACUGUGGUGGUCACCAAUGGAGGUAACUCGUCCGCCAAAAAUCAGUUGCCUCUCACCCCGCGUUUCACUGCCGAGGAAAAAGAAGUCCUGUACACCCUAUUUCAUUUACACGAAGAAGUCAUUGAUAUAAAGCACCGCAAGAAGCAGCGCAACAAGUAUUCCGUCCGGGAAACGUGGGAUAAGAUUGUCAAAGACUUCAAUUCUCAUCCGCAUGUGAGCGCCAUGAGGAAUAUCAAGCAGAUCCAGAAGUUCUGGUUGAACUCCAGACUCCGGAAACAGUACCCGUACAGAGACAGCUCCUCUAAUCUUAGCUCUGGCAGCGCUAAGAUUAGUACCGUAUCCGUGGCUGUCGCUUCGGCGGUGCCCCAACAGCAGCAGCAACAACAGCAGCAGCACCACCAGCAACACGACGGGGUAAAGGUGGAGCCAGAGUACCAAAUCAGCCCUGAUGCCUCCGAACACAAUCCCCAAGCGGACACCUUCGACGAGAUCGAGAUGGAUGGCAACGAUGUGAGCGAGAUCGACGAGGAUCCCAUGGAGCAGCAGCAGCAGCAGCAGGAAGCCCAAGCUCAAGCGCAAGCGCAGGCACAAGCACAGGCCCAAGUUCAAUCCGCUGCCGCCGAGAUGCAAAAGAUUCAACAGGCCAAUGCGGUCGCAGUUGCGGCGGCAAAUGCCACCAUGAUCAACACCCACCAGAUCAACGUGGACCAGAUAAGUGCAGAGAAACUUACCCUAAACGAUUUGCUUCACUUCAAGACAGCGCGACCCCGUGAGGAAAUCAUCCUGCAAAUCAAGCAUCCAUCAGAGGCUACUGCCACCCAGAUCCACACUAUACCCUCCCAGGCGCAGCAGCAUCCAAUGGCCACUAUAACCGCCGGUGGCUACAAUCAGCAGAUCAUCAGCGAGAUCAAACCGCAGCAAAUCACUUUGGCCCAAUAUCAGGCUCAACAACAACAGCAGGCCCAGGCGCAGGCACAGGCCCAAGCACAAGCUCAGGCACAAGCCCAAGCUCAGGCCCAACAGCUCGCUCAGCAGCAACUGGCAGCCGCUCAACAUCAGCAGCUGGCCGCUGCCGUCCAAGUGCAUCACCAGCAACAGCAGCAACAACAGGCAGCAGUUGCCGUUCAGCAGCAACAACAGGCAGCAGCGGCAGCGGCGGCAGUCAAGAUGCAGCUUACUGCCGCCACGCCCACGUUCACUUUUAGCGCCCUGCCCACAGUAACGGCGGCAACGACAGUGCCUACAGCGGUUCCAGUGCCUGUUGCCACAGCCGCUUCGGCUUCUGGGAACUCAGCGGCGGUCAACACAUCAACAGCCUCUUCCGUGAGUAUCAACAACACUAGCCUGGGCGGAGUAGGAGGCAACGGAGCCUCCAGUUCAUCCUCUGCAGCAGCCGACAGUUUUGAGGAGCGAAUGAACUAUUUCAAGAUCCGCGAGGCAGAACUGCGCUGCAAGGAGCAGCAGCUGUCUACAGAAGCCAAGCGCAUCGAGCUCAACAAGGCGCAGGAUGAACUGAAAUACAUGAAGGAAGUACAUCGACUGCGAGUCGAGGAGCUAAAGAUGAAGAUACGCAUCCUGCAGAAGGAGGAGGAACAGCUACGCAAGUGCUCUAAUUCAUGAGAUCUGGAGGACAUUAGCGAUGCCGAAGAGGAGGAAGAGGACGCGGAUGCCUACUUGGAUCGCUUCACCCCUGGGGGCUUUUAGUUUUUUAGUCUUAGCUCUAAAACUAUCAUCUACUCCUAUCCUGAAUCCCCAUUCCCUAACUCCACAUCCCACUUUACAUACACAUUUUUGUUUAGGUUUUUUUUUCUAGUUGUCGCGGGGCGGGGGACACCGGUGCGACUUAAGUCCACCGCUGGCCAGGAUUACCGACUAAGCCAUCACUAAUUGUAAAUCGCAAUCAAUCAAUUAUACACACACACACACAUACACACACACAAAACACACAGUAAUGGUGGGCGUGGCCAGCUAAUCCACGAUGAAAACUUAUUAGGAUCGAUUAAAAAACAAAUUAUUUCUUAACAAAUUAUUGAUUUUAAAGUAUGAAUAAAAA